UUUGAAUCACCUUGACGGAUCAAUUGAUGUAACAUUGGUGGAAGGAGACUUGGAGGUUACGCCAAGGCUGGGUUUCUUAAAUCGGACGUUGUUCCCCCUCUUUUCUCGAGGAUGGCUCUGGAUCUCCUCUGACUCCUUUAUGUAUUUUCAGAGCUGGAUGUUGUGGAUGGGAAACAAAUAAAAAGGAAAUAGCUGCAGGAUGAAAACAUGGCCGCACCCCUUAUGGCACCCCCAGGACCUGACAGCUUCAAGAAAUUCACCCCAGAGUCACUUGCUAACAUCGAGAAGCGCAUCCAGGAAGAGAAAAACAAGAAGCCACCCAAGCCCAGAUCGGACAGUAGUCACCGCGACACAUCUGACGACAAUGAGCCCCACCCCAACCGUGACCUGGAGGCUGGGAAGAGCCUGCCCUUCAUCUAUGGCGAUCUUCCUUCUGGAAUGGCCGCCACACCAUUGGAGGACCUGGACCCAUACUAUCUGAACAAGAAAACAUUUAUAGUCAUAAACAAAGGAAAAACAAUCUUCCGGUUCAGCGCCACGCCCUCCAUGUACAUUAUAAGCCCUUUUAAUCUAUUUAGGCGAAUAGCUAUUAAGAUUUUGAUACAUUCAUUAUUUAGCAUGAUCAUCAUGUGUACCAUUUUGACCAACUGUAUAUUCAUGACAUUUAGUGACCCCCCGGAGUGGUCCAAACAAGUAGAGUAUACCUUCACCGGUAUCUAUACAUUUGAGUCACUCACAAAAAUUAUUGCCCGAGGUUUCGCCAUCGAUGGAUUCACAUUUCUUAGAGACCCAUGGAACUGGCUGGACUUCAUGGUCAUUUCGAUGGCGUAUAUAACAGAGUUUGUAAACCUAGGCAAUGUGUCAGCUCUACGUACGUUCAGGGUUCUGAGGGCUUUGAAAACUAUUUCAGUUAUCCCAGGGCUGAAGACCAUUGUGGGUGCUCUGAUUCAGUCUGUGAAGAAACUGUCGGAUGUGAUGAUACUGACGGUGUUCUGCCUCAGCGUCUUUGCUCUGAUCGGACUGCAGCUCUUCAUGGGGAACCUCCGGAAUAAGUGUGUAUUCUGGCCGGUCAACCAGACUGGUAAUGUGCAGCUGGAAAAUGGCAGCUGGUUUUUUGACUGGCACACUUUCAUCAUGAAUGACUCAAACUUCUACUUCCUCCCUAAUCAACUGGAUGCUCUACUAUGUGGAAAUAGUUCUGACUCAGGUCGAUGUCCAGAGGGCUUUACGUGCAUGAAAGCUGGAAGGAACCCCAACUAUGGUUACACCAGCUUUGACAGCUUUGGCUGGGCUUUCCUUACUCUCUUUCGCCUGAUGACACAGGACUUCUGGGAAAAUCUCUACAUGCUGACUCUUCGAGCUGCAGGCAAGACCUACAUGGUCUUCUUCGUCCUGGUCAUCUUUGUGGGCUCCUUCUACCUGGUGAAUCUGAUCUUGGCUGUGGUGGCCAUGGCUUACGAGGAACAGAACCAGGCCACCAUUGAGGAAGCGGAACAAAAGGAAGCUGAAUUCAAGGCUAUGUUGGAACAGCUUAAAAAGCAACAGGAGGAGACACAGGCUGCUGCCAUGGUGACAUCAGCAUGCACAGUGUCAGAGGCUGCCCUAGAGGAUGAAGGUGGGGGUGCCUUGUCCCGCAGUUCUUCCGAGGUCUCCAAGCUCAGCUCCAAGAGUGCCAAAGAGCGUCGCAACCGUAAGAAGAAAUCGCGCCAGAAAGAGCAGGAGAAAGAGAAAGGAGAUAGCGAGAAAGUAGUUAAAUCAGAGUCAGACGAUGGCAGCAAGAAAAGCACAAUUCGUUUCCCCGGAAGUCGACUUGGCAGGAAGACAUCCAUCAUGAACCAGUCGCUCCUCAGCAUCCCAGGCUCACCCUUCAUGUCGCGGCACAACAGCCGCAGCAGCAUCUUCAGCUUUAAAGGCCGCUCCAAGGACAUGGGCUCAGAGAACGAAUUUGCAGAUGACGAGCACAGUACGGUAGAGGAGACUGAAGACCGUAGAGGCUCCCUAUUUAUACCUUACCGUCGCAACAGCUACAGUGGCUACAGCCAAGGCUCUUCACGGAUCCAUCCGCUGGGACCCCACCCUGGAGGGAAAAGGAACAGCACGGUGGACUGCAAUGGCGUGGUGUCUCUCAUCGACCCUGGGCCUGGCAGACGGCUUCUGCCUGAGGUGAAAAUAGAUAAGGCAGCCACUGAUGACAGUACGACAGACCUGGAGAUUAAGAAGAAACACUCUGGCUCUCUCAUGGUAUCUGUUGAUCAGCUCAACUCCUCUUUCAAAGACAAGGAACAUGCCAACAGUCAAAUGAGCGUAGUCACCAACACACUGCUAGAGGAGUUAGAGGAGUCUCAAAGGAAGUGUCCUCCCUGCUGGUACAAGUUCGCAAACACCUUCCUCAUCUGGGAAUGCUUUCCCUUUUGGCUAAAGAUAAAGCACAUACUCUACGUGAUUGUCAUGGACCCAUUUGUUGACCUGGCCAUCACCAUCUGUAUUGUGCUCAACACCCUUUUCAUGGCCAUGGAGCACUACCCCAUGACCCCACAUUUUGAGGAAGUCCUCUCCGUUGGCAACCUGGUUUUUACUGGCAUCUUUGCUGGGGAGAUGUUUGCCAAGAUUAUCGCCAUGGAUCCCUACUACUAUUUUCAGGGAGGCUGGAACUGCUUUGAUGGUUUCAUUGUGACGCUGAGUUUGGUUGAGCUGGGGCUGGCUGAUGUAGAAGGUCUUUCAGUGCUCAGGUCCUUCCGAUUGCUAAGAGUGUUCAAACUAGCCAAAUCUUGGCCCACCCUCAACAUGUUGAUUAAGAUCAUUGGAAACUCAGUGGGAGCUCUGGGUAAUCUGACCCUGGUGUUGGCCAUCAUUGUCUUCAUCUUUGCCGUGGUGGGCAUGCAGCUGUUUGGCAAAAGCUACAAGGACUGCGUGUGUAAGAUCGCCCCGGACUGUGAGCUGCCGCGCUGGCAUAUGCACGACUUCUUUCACUCCUUUCUGAUUGUGUUCAGAGUGUUGUGUGGGGAGUGGAUCGAGACCAUGUGGGACUGCAUGGAGGUUGCAGGACAGGGCAUGUGCCUAAUUGUCUUCAUGAUGGUUAUGGUCAUUGGAAAUCUGGUGGUAUUGAACCUGUUUCUGGCCUUGCUGCUGAGCUCGUUCAGUGCAGACAACCUCGCUGCUACAGAUGAUGAUGGGGAGCCCAACAACCUCCAGCUUGCCGUCGCCCGCAUUAAGAUAGGGAUCGCCUGGUUCAAGGUUAACAUGCGGAUAUUUGUAGCCACUGUGCUGAAGAAGCAGCCCAUCGAAGAUGAACAGAAACCUCUGGACGAGAUGUAUGAAAAGAAGCUCAACGUUAUUGCAAAUCACACGGUGGACAUCAACCGUGAACUGGACUACCCUAAAAACGGCAAUGGCACCACCAGCGGGAUCGGGAGCAGUGUUGGAAAGUACAUGAUUGACGAGGACUAUAUGUCCUUCAUCCACAACCCCAACCUCACUGUGUGUGUUCCUAUCGCUGUUGGAGAGUCGGACUUUGAAAACCUCAACACAGAAGACUUCAGCAGUGAAUCUGACGUGGAGAACAGCAAAGAUCUGGAUGACACGAGCUCGUCUGAGGGCAGCACAAUAGACAUCAAGCCUGACGUGGAUGAGGUGGCAGUGGUGGAGGUUGUGGAAGAAUAUCUUGACCCAGACGCCUGCUGGACUGAUGAAUGUAUAGCCAAAUACAAGUGCUGUGACGUUCCCAUCACCCACGGCUGGGGAAAAUACUGGUGGUUCCUGAGGAAAACCUGCUACCUGAUAGUAGAGCACAACUGGUUUGAAACCCUCAUCAUCUUUAUGAUCCUGCUCAGCAGUGGAGCCCUGGCCUUCGAGGAUGUGUACAUUGAGCAGAGGAAGACCGUCCGCGUCAUUCUGGAGUAUGCAGACAGGGUUUUCACCUAUAUCUUCAUCCUGGAGAUGCUGCUAAAAUGGGUGGCCUAUGGCUUUGUCAAGUACUUUACUAACGCCUGGUGCUGGUUAGACUUCUUCAUUGUGGAUGUGUCUAUAGUCAGCCUUAUAGCUAAUGCUUUGGGCUUCUCCGAUCUAGGCCCGAUUAAAUCACUCAGGACACUGAGGGCCUUGAGACCCCUCAGGGCCCUGUCACGUUUUGAAGGGAUGAGGGUUGUAGUGAACGCCUUGGUGGGUGCAAUUCCCUCUAUCAUGAAUGUGCUGCUGGUGUGCCUCAUCUUCUGGCUCAUCUUCAGCAUCAUGGGUGUCAACCUGUUUGCUGGAAAGUAUUAUUACUGUUACAAUGAGACAGCAGAGGAGAACUUUUUGACAGAUGAUGUGAACAAUAAAACCGAAUGCUUUGCCCUCAUUAAUGCAAAUUACACUGAAGUCAGAUGGAAAAACGUCAAGAUCAAUUUUGACAAUGUCGGUGCGGGAUAUCUAGCGCUCCUCCAAGUGGCAACGUUUAAAGGAUGGAUGGACAUUAUGUAUGCAGCCAUAGAUUCAAGAAAGGUGGAAGACCAACCCCGCUAUGAGGACAACUUGUACAUGUACAUCUACUUUGUGAUUUUCAUCAUCUUUGGCUCGUUCUUUACCCUAAACCUCUUCAUUGGUGUCAUCAUCGAUAACUUCAAUCAACAGAAGAAAAAGUUUGGAGGUCAGGAUAUCUUCAUGACAGAAGAGCAGAAGAAAUAUUACAAUGCCAUGAAAAAACUAGGCUCAAAGAAACCACAGAAACCAAUACCCAGGCCGCAGAACCAAAUCCAAGGCAUGGUGUUCGACUUUGUGACGCAGCAGGUGUUUGAUAUCUCCAUCAUGAUACUCAUCUGCCUCAACAUGGUCACCAUGAUGGUGGAGACAGACGAUCAGACAGACGAUACAGAGGUUGUGCUUUACUGGGUCAACUUUUUCUUCAUUGUGGUCUUCACUUGCGAGUUUGUGCUGAAGCUCUUUGCUCUGCGUCACUAUUACUUCACCAAUGGCUGGAACAUCUUUGAUGUGGUUGUGGUCAUCCUUUCAAUUGUGGGGAUGUUCCUGGCUGACCUGAUUGAGAAAUACUUUGUUUCACCGACGCUCUUCAGGGUGAUUCGUCUGGCGCGUAUCGGCAGAAUCCUCCGUCUCAUCAAAGGCGCCAAAGGAAUCAGAACUUUGCUGUUUGCCCUCAUGAUGUCACUUCCUGCCUUAUUCAACAUCGGUCUCCUGCUUUUCUUGGUCAUGUUCAUCUUCUCCAUCUUUGGCAUGUCCAACUUUGGUUACGUGAAACACGGGGCUGGAAUUGACGAUAUGUACAAUUUUGAGACUUUCGGCAACAGCAUGAUCAUCCUCUUUAUGAUCACCACGUCAGCUGGUUGGGAUGGCCUGCUCUUGCCCAUCCUUAAUUACCCUCCAGACUGUGACCCUUUACUGGAGAACGCUGGCACCCCCGCCACUGGAGACUGUGGCAACCCAUCUGUGGGCAUCUUCUUCUUUGUUAUGUACAUCAUCAUAUCUUUCCUAAUUGUGGUCAACAUGUAUAUUGCCAUCAUCUUGGAGAACUUCAGCGUGGCCACAGAGGAGAGUGCCGACCCACUGAGUGAGGAUGACUUUGAAACCUUUUAUGAAAUAUGGGAGAAGUUUGAUCCCGAUGCCUGCCAAUUCAUCACCUACGCCAAGCUGUCGGACUUUGCUGAUGCACUUGAACACCCGCUCCGCGUUCCUAAGCCCAACACCAUUGAGCUGAUUGCAAUGGACAUGCCUAUGGUGAGCGGAGACCGCAUCCACUGUCUGGACAUCCUGUUUGCCUUCACCAAGCGCGUGCUGGGUGACAGUGGUGAGUUGGACAUGCUGAGGCAACAAAUGGAGGAGCGUUUUGUAGCGGCCAAUCCGUCCAAGGUCUCCUAUGAGCCAAUUACCACCACACUGAGGCGCAAGCAGGAGGAUGUGUCUGCCAGGAUCAUUCAGAGGGCCUACCGUUCUUACCUGGCCCGGCGUGGUUUCAUCUGUAAGCGCAGACCAGCCAAUAACAAAGUGGAGAACGGCGGUAACAACGAGGAGCAAGAAAAGAAGGAGGGCACUCCCUCAACUGCCUCCCUCCCCUCUUAUGACAGUGUUACCAAACCUGACAAGGAGAAACAAGAUGACAACAAUGAGGGGAAGGGAGGGAGGAAAGAGAAAGGGAGAAACCAAAAAGACAUCAGGGAAUCUAAAUGCUAGGGCAGUGGAUGAAUAAUCACAGUAAUAACAGUAAAAAUUAUAGUAAUAUAACUUAAAGCAAAGCGAGAGGAAACUCACCCACACAGAUGUACAGAUUAUUUCAUUUGCAAGUCAGAAAAAUAGUAUUCAAUAAUUUUGUUUACAGACUUCAUUCCUAUAUCGAGGCAGAGGGAAGCGGCUCGGUGUGUGACAGCUCGAGGACUCUUGAACUUUAGUCAAACCAAACUUAAUUAGCAUACUGUGUGGCAUUGCUGUAUGCAGACUACUCAUCUCAACAAAAGGAAAACAGACAGGCAAAUGUCUGGUGCUUACCCACCACUGGUCUACAGAUAAGACAUGUGACUCUACACCAAGAGGUGGAACGGACAAACGGGAUUCCAGUGCGUGGAUCUGAGUCGUAGAUUCUUUUGGGAGACGGUGGUGUGACAGGAAAACAAUGAUGCUGCUUGAUGUUGGUUAACUGUCCUCUUACAGCAGCCGACGACUGUUUCUGUGUCAUUAAGCACUGCAGUGUCUAGAGGAGCAGAUGACAUGCUCGGUCUAUGAGCGAGCAGAGGGAUGAUAGGUGAGUGAAAGACACAAAUAACAGAGUGAUGAAAGUACUUCUAUUCGUUUAUUAAAGCUAGAAAUUGUUUAUUUGAGCAGCAAAAAUGCAAAAAGAAGAAAAAAUAACAAUAUUCAACAGUUUGCCCAUGUCCCUCAAAUCUUGUACUCAUUUUAUCUUUGUUAUACUCACAUCAAAAUGUUUUUUUUUCUUUUUUUUUCAGUUGUUCUUUCUUUUUUCCCUUUUUACAUGGGCUUUCACACCAAAUUGGAAAAGGGUCUGUUUAUUAUAGGGUCAAUUUGGGCCAAGGGCUUACAUUUACUCAGAAAGAUUUCCAAACAAAUACAUAAAUAAUUGUGCUUGUUCAAUGCAUAGAAAUGACUUGCAUGAUGGCAUGUUUUGAUCAGAAAUCUUGCAUGAAUUAUCAUAGUCCACAAGACACUAAUACUCAAAACCACACCAGUGGCUUGAUGGUAUGAUUGAGAGAUUCACAAAAAUUUGAAAGUUCAGAGUAAUUUAUUCAGCGAAGAUAAGUGAUAUGCGUGUUGAUCAUGAAAACUUUUAGCUCAUCACUUAACUCAUUUCACAUAUUUAAAUGAUUGCCUCUUUAAGCAGAAGAAUGAAACACAUAUUACCACUGCGAUGGGUCAGUGGGGGAAAUGCAAACACUUUCUUUGCUGCUCUGGAGAUUUUCAGUGUGUUUAGGUGGAGAAAAACUACAUCUGUGUGUAUCAAUGGACUGAGAAGUUUGUUCAUUCGGACUGAGAUGUUUUCAAGGGCGCAACACUUUGGAGCUUAAAAGCUUAUGUUUGUAAUAUGUAUGCACCUAUGUAAUGUUUCAUACCAUCUGCCUUUAUUUUCGUGUGAGUGGGCAUUUUGGCAGUCCAACUGUCAGUCUUUUGCGGGGAUUUUAGCAGGUUUGGCAAACUCCUUUCUAUUUCCUGAUGUUUCUCUGUGGGUGGUUAGACCUUUAUGAAAGGGCUAAGAAGAGUUUGGAUUCGUGUUUGUUUUACAGAUUGAUUUAUUUUUCUUUUAACCUGUGUACCUACAUACAAAUGUAAACCUGUUUUUGUUGUGUGUGCCCAACCCCACCACCUCCCGUAAUUGUGAUUUUCUUAUGUUUCCGCAUUGAGCCCAGAGGGAAGUGGUCGUGCUUAGUGGGGUCCUGUAUAAGCGAGAAAUCAUAAAAUGAUGAAUGGGUGACGAGAACAUUGUGUGUGGAGAAGCCAAAGAGAUCUGCCUUGUUAUCCCUUGUUGCCCUUCGUCCACGGAGUGGGACUGGGGGAAAUGUGCCCCGCCCAUUCUGCUUUGUUUUGCUGUCGCUAUUAGACAGAGACCCUAGAAAUGUAUGCAAUGCUUGAAAAAUUCAUCCCUUUUUCUCAGGAGAUAUUAUAGAUGUACUACUAUGAGCUCUAGAAAACAAAAUGCAAGUGAAUGUGAGGGGAGUAUUUAUGAGAUCAUGUUUUACUCUUUUGCUUUUAUUCCAUGCUGGUGGACAAUGAUUUCGGACGACUGUCUUUAUCUGACAGCUGCCCGGUCAGGGGCCAGUUUACUUCCUGCUUAUGAUGCUGAGAACUUUAGGGCUAGUGAAAUAGCAACGUUGGGUCCACUUCUAACGGGCAACAUUUAUAUUGAUGGUGGAUUAUAAUGUUAGCGAAGUAUAUAUGGGCUGAAGUCUGAUCUCGAUUGAUCUCAGUCAACAAAGUCACAAUGUUCACCACAAAAGCAAACACAGAUGCAGGAAAAACUGUGAGGAGAUGUCACAAGAGUGAAGAUGGGUAUGUUGGUUUGAACAGCACACACACACAUACGCACACACACACACACACCCAUGCACACACACACACGUCAUCGAAUACAAAUUAAUUUGUGAAGAACUUCAGAAUUGAAAUUGUUAUUGGUUUUACACCAAUAAGAAGAAGUAAGCAAUACUGAAACAGCUGGGAAGAAGCAUUGAGACAAUAUGGUCAUAAAAUGCACUUAGCAUUGACUUAUAGAAGAAGAACAUCAACACACACACACACACACACACACACACACACACACACACACACACACACACACACACACACACACACACAUAGACAAGUCGAAUGCUUAGUGGAUCGGCCCCAGAUUUCAUUAUUUAACAAAAACAAGUGCUUUGAGCCUCUCAUUUGCCAUUUUAUUCAUAUUGCUAUACUGCUUAACAAAUACCAAAUAGCCAACAGAGCACUGGAUGCAUUCUUAUGGUACUGUGAGCCUAAGCACCACACCAGAGCUUUUGCACUUCCUGUUGUGCAGUGAUGUCACUUUCCUGUUUAUGAGUAACUCCCUCAUCCGUUUUCCAAGUUUCCAAGUUUCCAAGGUCCAGUUGCUGCAUGAGAUCUCCGAAAUCAGUGUGGGUGUUAACUUGAACCAAAUAAAACUCUGAUUGAUAAGCUUAAAAGCUACUGCCGUCCAUUUUCUCCAAGAUCUCCGUGGAUUCAAGAUUUGUCUGACUGGGAAAAAAAGGAAAAAAAAAAGAGAAAAAGAAAAAGAAAAAAAAAAGCUGCACUUUCAUCCAUUUGGUAAAAAAUAAAAUAAAAAAAUAAAUCCAGGCUAUGUUCUAUAGGGCACAAACAGCAAAAGCUAAAGCUAUGACUGGACUUUUUAAGAAACUAUAAAUAAUGUAAUAUAUUAUUUUAACAGCAUGUGUAGUUUUUCUGUAAAUACGGGAUUACCUUAAAAGCUACAGCUAUUUAUCUAACACUUAAUAUUAAUAACCGUAAAUAGAAUGGCUUCCAGCUGACGUCCCUUGUCACACUUGUUAGAAUGUGACGCUUUGUUAGAUGGGAUAGAUUUUUUUUCUUCUUUUGAGUCACUUUUCACAAAAAAAGAGGGGAAAGCAAAAAUAAUCUAUAUUAAAAAGCAGAAAAUUGUAUUUAAAACUGUAUAAAUCAACACGUACUUAUG